CCAUCCGCGUAACGCUGAGUUACGCUAGCUCCCCGCUCCCACAAGGCGGCUGCGUAAUGCGUCACUACGCUUACGUGAAGCCGUGACUCCAGUCUCGCGUGAUGAGAUUUGCGGCGCGAAGAUGUUCCGUGAAACAGGAGGCUAGGAGCCUGCAGAUAGCAAUUUUGCGGGAGCUGUAAAGAGCGAUCUGGAACUGUGGGCUCUGUCAAGAAAAGCAGGCUUGUUGGGCAGUAUGAAAGCUGUGUAGAGAAAAGAAGAUGCAGGCAUUCUAGCAACUAUCCCUGCCGAAGUCUGUAGUUUACUGAAAGCAGGGGGCCUGGUUAUCCAAUACCCCCUCUGCUUCAGAGGUCUUACCGAUCUUCACCAUGAUGCCUGGUGAGACUCAAGCCAAGCCAGUUGGCAUCGCUUCAGAGGCUGCCGGUGCCUGUCAAAACUGCACAGCCUUGCAACAGAGUCUGAAUGAAUAUGUGGCAGCCUUGCUUGGACUUAAGCAAAGGAUUAUAGAUUCAGACCACAUGCUUGCAGAAUAUCAACAGAAAUGUGACGAGCUUCAGUUUUCCCAAAGGGAAAAUGAUACUUUACGGUGUCAACUUGAGCAACUUCUGCAAAAAGUGUCUCCACAAGCACAAAACCAGGAGGAUCUAAAAUCUUUAAGGGCUGAACUGGAAGAAAAGACGUCUUCUCUCAAGAUUUAUCAGCAAACAGAAAUUGAAUACACACGUGUUAAAGAAGAGUGUGCUAAAAGUAAUAUAGUAAAAAAGAAAUUGGAAUCAAAAUUAAAGAGGAUGGAAGAGGUCUCUGUAAAGCGUUUUCAAGACUUUAAAAAGCUAAAAAUGGAAAAGAAGGAACUUGUGAAAGAUCUCAAAAAGAUCCAGAAUAAGCUAAAGUGUUUCCAAAAUGGAAAACGCACAAAAGCAACAAAAAAUGUGCACACCCAAAUUGCAAAUGAUGAGCCUGUUGUGAGUGUUGACAAAAGAAAAAUUAAGCUUCUUCUGGAUGAGCUCUGGGGAUGUAUUGACUCUUCACCGAACAAAAGCCAAUUUCACUUUCAGCUGUUAGAUAAGAGUGGAAGAAGAACUAGAACUCAGAGGGAUUCUGAUGAAAAUAAAAUGACCCCAAAUCACAGCAGUCCUUUUACCCUAAAUGAUAUGUCAGCAGAACCAGCAGAAUUGCCAGUUAUCACAGGAUCAAAUGAACUUAAAAUGUCUAAAGGUUCAAAGAUUCUUGAGGAAUCUGUAGCAGACUGUAAUGGUGACAGUGCCUUCUAUGAAGAAAAGACUGCAGAUUAUUUGGUCUCCGAUUUACCAGGCAGCUAUUCUCUAAGCUCUGAUCAUGGGACAAUGGCCAGUGAAUUCCUGGAAAUGAUUAACUGGGCAAGACCUCUUCCACCUCUAUUGUCACCUAUUGCAUUUUCGCCGUCAACCUCACAGGAUGAAUUGUUUGGAGAAUUCACUGAUUCUAGUUAUGAGGAAGAAAGAGGCAGUGCAGAGGGAUCCUCUUUAAAUAGCAAAAUGGAAUCUCUUAAUUCCAGUGCAAACCAAAGUUGUCCUAAAGAUCAAACAGACUUAAUAGAUGUUUGUGAAAUUGUGAAUGAAAGUAGCUGUUUUUUGAACAGAAGAAAAGAAGUUCAUAACUUAGACUUUCCCAAGGACAUUAGCAAAAAAACAGAUAGUGAUGCACUCCUUAGCUCCUCUUCAACUACAGAAUUGCAGGAUAAUGGGGAAAAAUCAGCUGAUAACUUUGCUUCAGUCUGUCCUACUACUGAUAUAGUAAAAUCUAAAGAUUUGACUGUGGAAACCAUACAAGCCAUAGAGUCUGAGAAAACAAUUGAUUCAAAAGACUGCAGUGAAGCAUUUUUAUCCAAACCCUCUACUGCUAUCUCAGCUACUACUAAUUCUGAAAUUCUCACAUUAUGUGAAAGUACAGCUGCAGAUCUAAAGGAAAGUAAUUUAGACCAGUCUGAAAGUUGUAUAGACAAAGCUUUGACCCAAAGGACAGAAGAAGUUGUCUGUUCUUUGUCACUUCAUGAGAAUCUUCAGAUCUUACCUUUUGAAAAAAAGACCAAAAAACAUACAAAAAUAUUUUGUCAGGAAGAUGUGCAAAAUGUGAUUCACAAAUCUAAAGAUGUUUCCAGUCCUCAGCUAGAUUUUUUGCAGUGCGUUACAGGAGAGAAGAUGAACGAACGAGUUUAUAUUACAGAAACAUCUAUGACCAACUGUUCUCAUUAUACCUCAAGCUCUCUUUUUAAGGAAACUGUUGCAACCAUGCCACAUAACAGUUUAUCCAACUUUCAGAAUACCCUUAAACAAGACAAUUCAUUCAUCAAACUGCAUAAUUUAAUUACUGAGGUAAAUAACUCUGGCAAAAACCAGAAAACUUUGACAACGGCUGAGAUGCAGUCUGAUAGACUUCCAAAAUGUGAUAAUGAUGUGGUGUUAAAUGAGAUUGACAGUGUCAAUAAACAGCAAACUGACAAAAGUAUUGAGAAUGAUGAGAACUGUAUUUCCUCUUUUCUCGGUCAGAAAACACUGAAGAGUUUAAAGGAAGAACAAGAGUUUGUUAUAAAAGAUAAAGUCGAUUUAGGACCCUCUUCUAUUAACUCUGAAGAAAAUAUGGAGCCAUCUUGUAGUGGCAAAUUUUUAAAUGAGUGUGUCCAUUCAGAUAAUGGGCAAGUUCAGCAGUCGUGUGAAGUCACACAAACAAAAGCUAUUUCAGAAUCUGAUGCAAAUAAAAAGUGUAGAGCCACAAGUAUAAAAGAACUUGAAGUGUCUGUUGUUACAUCCAGUCAGGAGCAACAAGAACAACCAGUAAGUUAUAAUCAGCCUGAAAAAAGUUGCAAAGCUAAGAACAGUGUUUUAGACACACCAGAAAGUAUGAAAACUCUGGAAAGAGAGAGAAGUGAUGAUGAACAGCUGGCUUUAAAAUCGCCAAAUAACAAAGUUUCUUUGUUUUAUCACAAUGCCAGUUCUACAUCUAUUUCAACUAUUCAGACGCUUUCUGAUGAAGAUGGUGAACAUUAUCAAGGAGAAACUGAGGAAACACCUGAUAGAAGAAAUACUGACAAAAUCGAGAAAACCGUAGACGGUAGUACCAAUCUGCUAUCUAUGUCUUUGGCAGCAUUCGAAAAGAGUACAAAAGCAUGCAAAAUAAAUAGCAAUAAGUCACAUUUAAUAAAUAAUUCUGAACAGACAUUUGAAAACACUUUGAAGAAGCAGACUAAUAUUAAGGUCUCAGAAGAAAAAAAUGGAAGUCAGGAUCUGGUUCGCAUUGAUUCUGGAAGUAAUCCUGACAAUCAUAUACCUAAAUUUAAAUUAAGCUCCUCAAAACAUGGUCAGGAGCAUGGACACUUGUUAUUAAAUAGAAAGCCUGCAUUUUUUACUGAAUCAAAUAUUCCUCCACCUAAAACUGAAAUUUUAAAAUGUAUUGAAUCCCUUCCUGAACACUCCAAAAUACCGUCAGAGCAAACAAAAGAAAAUAUCACUUCCAGUGAUAGAUUUCUGCAUAGUACAGAUUUGCAUGUUAAACCAGCUAAUGAAGUUGUAACAGAGUCUUACCAUCAGCUACUCUCAAAAACCAGUAAACUUUCGUUAAAAGACACUGAUGUUAUGGGUACUUCUCUCAGGGAAAUAAACAUAAAAAGCUUACAAGCAGCUAAUCUGCAAGAAAUACAAAAUUCUGAAAAUAAAAUUUCAGAGCAAAGCAGUGUAUUAAGCAUAUUUAAAAUGAAGGAGAUGUAUCGCAGUGGCUACAUAGAUAGUGAUGACUCUGAGGAUGAUUUUCCUGUGCGGAAAGUUAACUAUGCAAAAUUUUCAUCAGAUAAUUCUGCAGCUUCUGCAAAUGCCUCUUUAAACCUUCAAAAUGCUAAUAAGGAUACUAGCGAGCUGGCUGCUGAUGACUCCCUAGAUAAAUGUGUAGAUGUGGAAGUAAAGUACAACAUUAAGGACAAUAUAAUUAAACCAGGAACAGACAUAAAUUUAAUUUCACAAAAUAAGAUAACAGUAGACAAAGUAAAGGAAAAUUCAAUUAAACUGUACCAUUUUGAAUCACUCAAGAAUCCAGACCAUAGCAUCUCAGAAGGAUGCAGAUCUUUACCCGAUUCUUUACUGUUAGAGACAAAAAACUUUGAUUCUGCUAAAAUUCAAAAUGAUCCAUUCAAUAAUACAAAUGCAGUAACUUUUCCUACUGUAGAAAAAGAACUUACCUUAAAUGAUGAUCAAACUGACAUAGGAAAAGGAACAUCACCUUUCAAGGAACAAGAAGGUCAAGACAUUUCUGCUAUUUCAGAUGUUCUGUCUCAAAUGCAUAACACUGAGGAUCAAAGUGCUCAAAAUGAUGACCAAGCACCUGGCAGAAGUAUAGUUCCUGGGAAAAAUCUCAUAUGGAACUUUGAAAGAUUGGACGAUUUUCCUGAUCCGAGAGGUAAAAAAUAUAAAAAAUCCUCACAAAAGAAGCCUGCAAAGAAUAUAUUUGCUAACUGUAAUGCAAAUGCUGGAUCAGCUUCUAAAUUCCUUGAAGGCUCUAAUAAUCCUGGCAACAAUUUAUCUGGUCCUGAAACAAGGAAAGAAAAAUAUAGUGUUUCUCAAAGAGCACUUUCACUAAACAGUCAGUUAGGACAGACUGUAUUGGCAAAUGCUGACACUUCUACAAAGACACAACAUUCACCUGAAACCAUAAACAAAGUAAGGUCAGAAAUGGGUCCUCCACUUCCACCAUUAUUAGGUCCUUUAUUGGCAACACCACCAAGAACUGUGCGGCCUUUAUCUCCUGUUAUGUCAUCCUCAAGUCGUUCAUCUUUGCCAUCUCCUCUUGAUGACUUGAUUUCUCCAUUGCGAGUAACUCCUGUGCCACCAGUGAUGUCACCAGUAUCUGACUGUCGGCAAUAUAAAUCCCCCAUGUUCACCACACCCUCACCUUCAGAAAAAGGUAGUCGAAGAAUACUAUCUUCACCUUUGCAGUUUUGUGCAGCAACUCCAAAGCAUGCCCUUCCUGUGCCUGGGAGGCUGCCACCUUCUGCAGCUGUUAACUCAGCACCAACUGUACAAGAAAACUCUGUAAAGAUCCUAGACACAAUGUACCCUGAAUUGUCUGCCCGAGCAAGGACAUUAAAUAUCUUGAAAGGCAAUGUUCAGUUGAACAGGUGCAUACCUGGAGACAGCAAACCUACUGUUAGCCAAAUAAGUGGUUUUAAAGCAAUUACAUCUACUUCAACUGCUUUCAUAAAAACUGGGAACAACUCAAAAACAAGCAGUAACCAAGACAAGCAAAGAGAUGGUGGAACUAAUCAGUCAUUCAGCAUUUCCGCUUCAGUGAAUAAAAGGUCUUCAGAUUGUAUUACAAUGCCAAAAAGUGCCAAAAGGUUACGACUGGAUAGUGAGUCUCCAGUUGCAGCAAACCUUAAAGCCUGCUUUACUGCUCCUUCAGAUAAAAGUCCAGUUACAAAAGAAGAGGCUGGAUAUUGCGAUACUGACAUUGAGGUAGCAUCUGUCCAUGCCACUGCUGAAGAUGAUGUGGCAAAGGCUCUUAAGAAAGUGGAAGAACUGUGCUUUGACCUUUUACCUGUAAUUAGGAGUCAUAUCUAUGUAGGAACCAUCCCCCAAAUUCCAGUUAUGAGGAAUGAGGAAAAAGAAGUUAUCUAUGAAUUCAGCUCAAUCAAAAAAGGUAAGGUCGAAGAUUUACUUCAUGCAAUAUUAAAGAAGCUGAAGACUGAGAAGGCAUCACUGGAUGGCAGUGUUAUACAGGCGCUCUGCAGAGUUUAUACAGGAUUGUGCCGCCAAAUAGGGGACUUAGAGAGAGCUCGUGUUCUCUCUUACUGUAUAUUUACAGAAGAUUUCCCAGAGCCAGAUAAGAUGCUUCUCUUCAUAAUAAGCUCGUGGAACAAAGUAUUAUCUCAGAACAGUGUGAUCAACAGGGCAUUACAGGCACUUCUUAAGCAACUGGCAAAAGAUGAUGUCCGCAUUUGUUUGAGCGCUUACCUAAACUGGGAGAAGUCUCCUCCUCAAAACAUGAGGGUUAUUCUGUCCAGUGUGAUGAAUGGUAUUCAGCUCUGUUCAGAGCUAAAAUUUCAUCAGAGUGAGCAAUUUGGUGAGGAUCUGACUGAUAAAAUGUGGGAGUACAUAUUUGCUGUCAAUCUCAUGUGCUGCCACCGUAAAUGGAUAUGGACUCAUGACAAUGUCAUAAGCAAAGAGCUUUGGCCAAUUCUGGAUAAGUGGGUGAAAAGGAAAAAAGGACAUGUGAAAAAUUCUUUUGUUACAGAUAUCAUUGUUGCAACAGUGCUCCGUCUUGUUGGGUGCUUGUGUCAGAUGGGAUUGAAGGAGGGGUUUACCGCUGCUGUAAAGAAUAUAUGUGCAGUUAUCAUUGCAUUUAUCCAGCACGCACAACAGGAGGACAUGCCUUGGGGUGUUCAGCUGGCUUCUGUAUACAUGCUCUGUGAUGUGUCUCCGUGUGACCCACAAACUAUACACAAGACAUUGGAGGACUGGAGAAAGGCUGCAACUAACAGUAUUCCUCCUGCUCUCACAAGUGCCCUGGCUGAGGUUGCUUCUCUGACUGCUAUUGAGAAUUAAUCAAAGUCUGCACUUAACAUCAUAUCAUUAUCCCUGAAUAAAUUAAAUAUAUGUAUAUAUUACAGCUCUGUUUCAAACUGAAACAGCUACAGUGAAUUUUACAAAGGAGCCCUCCAGCUUUACCAGCAGCCUCUUUGCUGUCUGACUGGCAGUAUGUAGUAGGCUUUGCUGCAUUUUCACUGUCAAUCGUGCUGUGCUUGGACUGCUCAGUAAAUGAAUUGACGAAUCACCCAGAACUCAGCAACUUUGAUAUGGUCAGCCUCGGCUUCACACUUUCAGCGAGUCCUGCAUUCAGAAAGACAAAAGCCAGGAAAUGCAGCUGCACAGGUUACUUUGUGAUCACAGCUGCCAUUGUUUAGUGGGACUUGGAAAUGGCAAUAUAUGCAGCAUCGGAUUACUCAAAUGACCAUCUUGAUUAUUUUAAACAUUCAGGGGUGGUUGUAUCUUUCAAAUCAAAAAGUGCCUUUUUUUGUAAUUAUUUGCACAUUGUGAUAUAAGGGAAAUAAGCCAUUAUCUGUUGGAACCUUUUUUUUAGUUUGUAAUUUUAUAGCACAGCAAAGCACAAAACUUUGAGUAACAAUAAUAUGUUAAUUCUAUUCUUAGGCAUGUAAAUGUUUCACAGAAACUCACAUUCAUUGUGCUGUUGAUAUUAGUUUUCAGUUUCUAAUUAAGGCCAAUAAGGAACCUAUGUCAUCCUGAAUAGACCUGUUGAUCAGUUUAGCAGCAUAGGUAUAGGAUCUUUAAUCUAUUUUUUCAGAAAACUUUAUACUACAGCAAUAUCAUUUCCGUAGUUUCCUAUUUAAAAUUCAGUUCUCAAUUUUUGAUUAUUUCUUUCUCUCAAUACAGUACUUUGUACUUUAAGGAACAGUAACAUCAAAAAAUGAAAGUGGCCUAAGAACUAGAGCUUAUGGCAUGCAUAUCUAUUUGUGGAUGUGGAGUUUUUUUCCUCCUUAUUUAGACUUAAAAUUCUACAAAUCCUCUGCUGUUCUGCCCCUUAAUGUCAGUGGUAAUUCAGGAGUUGUAUGAAAACACAGAUUGCAAGCUAUUUUAAUGCAAUGCUUGCUUGAAAACCUACAUCAAAACAAAUUGCCCUUGCCAGUGCUUUCAGAACUACUGAGUAACAGAGAGAGUGUGUGUGUGUGUGCGCGGUGUGUGCGCGUGCAUGGGGAGGGGGGAGUUGAGCAUGAAAAUACACGCCCAGGAAGUCACUUUGUGUACCAUCAGUCUUAGGGCAAAGCUUUUUCUCAGAAGGCAAAGGUGACUGGGAUGUUAAAUUAUUACGUAAUGGUAUGAUUUGGUUAACAUGUAUAUGUUGAAUAGCACUUCUUCUAGCCUAUUAUCUCUUGUUGUGUAUACCUUUUUAUGCGAAUUAACCUAAAUUUAUACACUUAUUUAUGUUUUGCAUAUUGCUUUACCAGCAUUAUUAAAGGGGAUAUAAAGUCACAAGUAAAAUCUCAUUUUGAGGUCUACUGCUGAAAAAGAAUCUUCAGAAUAUUCUAAUUUGAAAAUCUUUUGCACUUUGUUCCUCCUUUUCCCUUGCCAGGACUUCAGGCUGCGCAAAUAUUAAAUGAUCGAUGAUUGUAGAACUUCAAAAUAAUCACCUGUCCAUCCAAGUUCUGAAGGGCAGGAAAGUAGCUUAGGGGUUAAUUCAUGUGUUUGUUUCUCACUAAGGCUAACCCUUCAGAACUCUGAUACGUGAUCAUUUUGAAGUAGAGCAGCCACCGGCUGUCUUAAGAUUUGUGCAGGUGGAGGAAAGGGGAAACUGAAAUGCAGAAGAUCGUGAUUUUAUAAAAGCUAAAGAUUUUGCAAGUAAAGUAUAUUUAAUAAAUGUUUGUUUUUUUUUCCAGCGGUGGACCUACAUAGUAACAUAGUAAGUUGGGUUGAAAAAAGACAUACGACCUGAUAUUUUACCUGGGAUUUUUUGACAGGCGUCUGUAUAAAGUAACCAUUUAAUUAGGUCACCUAUACAACUGCAUUUGAAGUUUUCUCUAUCUGUCUGUAGGAAUUCCAUACACAUGGAAUCUGCACCAGUACUUCUUGUAGUAGAGCACAAACAGUUGUUGCCAGACAUGUAUCUGACAAACCGGACUCUGGGAUUCUUGAUUGUUUAUUCUGCCUAAGGGCUUUCACUCGGCAAAGUGCAGUAAAACAUUCUUGUGCACUAAUGAUAAGGGUAGAGCAGGUGUGCCAGCUUUUAGUUCAGGUGACUGGUUAGUGAUCUGCCGUAUUACAGUUUCUGCCACAGGUACUUGUAAUCAAAAUAUCAUUUGUGUCAGAAACUUUAAUAUAAUGUAUACUGACCUAUUUGAACUAAAAAGAUGACCUGUGAUUUUCAUGCUGUUUUCAGCUGUAUAACUGGCUCUUUCUUCAGUACCAGUGAAAUUUAGGCUACUCCAUUACAGGUGGUUAACUGUACCAAGUGACAUUGGGUCCUGGGGGGGGGGUGGUGUAUGCUCUAGAGUUAGUUCAGACUGGUCAAGAAUCACUUUAAUUUGGCCCUGGUAAUCAUAAAUCAAAACUUUCUUUAAUAAAAAAAAAUGGUUUGUUUAUAUGAUUUGCUACCAGUAGUUAAUAUGGGAUGAAAUGACUUUUGUCACCAUAAAUGACACUUCUGACACAUAUGUAAUUGUUGGGCAUUAUAUGUGUAUGUGAAGUGGCAACAACUCUUCGAAUAAUAAUCGGAGAAUAAUGUGGUUUUCUAAGAUGCCUGGUCUUUGCCUCCUUAAAGCAACACCAUUUCUGUUUUUUUUUUUUCUUCAAGAAACCCAAUGCAAUAGCAUUGUUCUAUGGGAUGUAUGGAUUUGAUAUAUGAUUCUAUGAAUUCAGUAUGGAUUCUGUCUUAAAAGCUGAUGUUGCAGUGAUGAAAUGAUUCUUACACGAAACAUUCAGCAUCAUUCUAAAUAUGAUGAAGUGUUGUAUAUGCUUAGGAGUGUAGUAACAGCAAGGACCCUAAAGAAAAGCUUUUUGCCCCUAGCAUAUACCACUAGUGUUCCCUCUAAUUUGUUUUUGCUGUGUGUGCAAAAAUGAUCUUUAGUGUGCACUUUUUAAACCUUUGUGCACAGAGAAGCUAGGUCAGAAUUAGUACUAAAUUGUGAUUUUACACAAUGUUCUGUGUGCAUGCCACAAUUGGUUGUGUGUAUUGGACUCAAUGACUGCAGCUAAAAAGAUAAAUGAGAAAUUUUAAAGCAAGAGCAUUAAAUAGUCUUCAAAUAGCUGGAUGUAGUGUAUUUUAAUAUUUUAAACUGCUUUCUUGCUUUUGUUGUGGCAGCUUUACCUUGUAAUAUGGCACUUUUGUUCUCUAUUGACUUUAUAUCACUGUUAUAAUGUUUGCUAUUUGUAUAGUGAAAAGGAAAAAAGUUCAUAGAGCUAACAGAUCCCUGUGAAUAAUUGUAUAUUUAUAGAUAGCCCUAUAAUGUGUUUCACAUUUGAUGUUAUUCCACUUUGGAAAUUUUACUUUCUGUACAUAGAUUGUAUAAACUUGAUUUUUUUUUAUUUUAAUAUGCAUCCGAGAUGCUUUCUAAUAAAACAGGAAAGAGCUUA